AAUUCCCACGUGGAAACCCUAGCCUUCCCUCUCGUUAGUCCUCUCUAGACUCGCCGACCUGCCGCACCUCACGUGCGACUCUCUCGCCUUCUCACCGAGCGCCUUCCGGCGAGCAACCUCUCUUCGACGACCCGCGACCCGCCACCCGCGAGCAAACUCUCUCCAAGUCUCCGUCUCCAUCGCAGCCAGGAACAAGACUACUCCCACUUAGUUGUUCCUGGGCAUAGUAAUGAACCAGGAGUCCCAGGUGGAUGAGGACUUCCCCCUCUUCCGCAAAUGCUCCAAACACCCUAAAGCGCUACCGUCAUUAUCAAUAGCUACUUCCUCCUCCUCUGCCAGUCUCCCAGCUGAGACGUCGAUAGAGCAAGUGGAGAAAGUGACGGAGGAUACUAGCCUUGCUGGCACCGGAUCAAAGGAUUUCGCAACGUUCGGAGAUUUAGGGUUGGCUGAAUGGGCAGUGCAGACAUGCAAGGAGCUGGGGAUGCGCAAGCCAACUCCUGUCCAGGCUCACUGCAUCCCACAAAUCCUGGCCGGUCGAGAUGUUCUAGGCUUGGCCCAGACCGGCUCGGGAAAGACCGCUGCCUUUGCACUGCCCAUUCUCCACCGCCUAUCCCUUGACCCCUAUGGCAUAUUCGCCCUCGUUAUCACUCCCACCAGGGAAUUGGCUUAUCAGCUGGCAGAGCAGUUCAGGGCGUUGGGGUCGUGCCUGCACCUGAGGUGUACUGUGAUAGUGGGAGGAAUGGACAUGUUGAGCCAGGCCCAGAGUCUGAUGAAAAGGCCUCACGUUGUCAUCUCCACCCCAGGCAGGAUCAAGGUCUUGCUUGAUGAGAAUCCUGACAUCCCUCCUCUUUUCUCCAACACCAAGUUCCUAGUUUUGGAUGAAGCAGAUAGAGUGUUGGAUGUUGGUUUUGAAGAGGAGCUUAGAGUAAUCUUUCAGUGUUUGCCAAAGAAACGGCAGACCCUGUUAUUUUCUGCUACAAUUACCAGUGAUCUCCAGACGUUGCUCAAGCUUUCUUCAAAUAAGGCUUUCUUUUAUGAGGCAUAUGAAGGUUUCAAGACAGUUGACACUCUCAAACAGCAGUACAUAUUCAUCCCAAAAAAUGUCAAGGAUGUCUAUUUAUUUCAUGUUUUGUCCAAAAUGGAAGACAUGGGUAUCCGCUCGGUCAUGAUAUUUGUCUCCACCUGCAGAAGUUGUCACCUUCUAAGUUUAUUGCUGGAAGAACUUGAUCAAGAAGCUGCAGCGUUGCAUUCUUUAAAAUCCCAGAAUUUACGGCUUGCUGCUCUACACCGUUUCAAAUCUGGUCAAGUUCCUAUACUACUUGCAACUGAUGUUGCAAGUCGCGGUCUGGAUAUACCUACUGUUGACCUUGUCAUUAACUAUGACAUCCCCCAGUUUCCUCGAGAUUACGUCCAUCGUGUUGGCCGUACUGCAAGAGCAGGCAGAGGAGGGUUAGCUAUUAGUUUUGUUACCCAGGAUGACAUUACAUUGAUUCAAGAGAUUGAGGCAGAUCUCGGCAGACAACUUGAGAAGUUUGAAUGUAAAGAGAACAAGGUGCUUUCGGACAUUACGAAGGUUUACAAGGCCAGACGAGUGGCAGCCAUGAAAAUGACGGACGAUGGCUUUGAGGAAAAGGUGAGAGAGCGUAAAAAGCAGAAACGUAAGACGAUGGCUCGGAAGGGUUUAUUGAAUAAGAGGAGUAACAAGAGAAAACGAAGGUCGAACACCUCCUGAUAUCUUCCGAUAGUUCUUUUCAUCACCAAAAGCGCAGGCGCAGGCACAGGUGCAGGCACAGGCAUUUGGACAACCCAAUCAUGUGUUGGAGCUGCAUUUUUGUCGGAACAGUUUUGAUGAGUUUAUCCGGUGUAGAGUCUGUUUUUAAACUAUACAAUACCAAGGUACUAAAGUUGGUGCUGAAAGACAGACUCCUUUGUACAUGUCCUAGGUUUCUUUAAUGUUGAGAGGGAAAGGGGCUACCAAAAAUGGAGCGUGUUUUUGAAG